AUGAAUCCUCUUCCUCCUAAACCGGCCGUCUUCCUCCUUUUAUUGUUUUCCGUCAUUUUUGUUGGAACCCAUUUUAGCAUUGCAAUUGAUACUUCAAAUUCUACAAUUCAAAUCAUCAAUGAUGGAGAUCACUUGGUAUCCACCAACAAGAAUUUCACUCUUGGAUUCUUCAGUCUCAACAAUUCCACCACUCCCCGAUAUGUCGGAAUUUGGUACAGUCAAAUUCCUCAACGAACCAUCGUUUGGGUCGCCAAUAGAAACCAACCACUUAACGACACCUCAGGAACCUUCGCUCUGGACCGUCAUGGAAACGUCGUACUUUUCACCCCCACACAAACCAUAUCUCUUUGGUCUACUAACACUACCAUCCAAUCAAACGACGACGUGUCGAUUGAGCUUCAGAAUACCGGAAAUCUCGCCUUGAUUGAACGACAGAGCGAAAAGGUUAUAUGGCAAAGCUUUGAUUAUCCAUCUCAUGUCUUUCUUCCUUACAUGAAAUUGGGGUUGAACCGUCAGACCGGGUUCAGCUGGUUCCUAACUUCAUGGAAAGCGCUCGACGAUCCGGGAACCGGGAACUUCAGUUGCCGGAUAGAUCCGACGGGGUAUCCCCAACUGAUUUUGUACAAAGGGAAUGUCCCGCGAUGGCGAGUAGGUUCAUGGACAGGGGAGAAAUGGUCUGGAGUACCUGAAAUGACAAGAUCGUUUAUAUUCAACACAACCUACAUCGACAACAUACAAGAGAUCUCCAUAACGGAUGGCGUCACGGAUGACACGGUUUUAACGAGCAUGACUCUAGACGAAUCCGGUUUGUUGCAUCGGUCUACGUGGAGCGAGCAAGAUAAAAAAUGGAAGGAUUAUUGGUGGGCUCCGACCGAGUGGUGCGACACCUACAAUCAAUGCGAUCCAAACACAAACUGUGACCAGUACGACACGAAGCAGUUCUAUUGCAAGUGCUUGCCUGGGUUCGAACCACGAUCGAACCAGAGUUGGUUAUUGAAUAAUCCGUCAGGUGGGUGCAUUAGCAAGAGGCCUAACGCCAUGUGUCGUAGUGGAGAGGGAUUUGUGAAGGUGUCGCGUGUGAAGGUCCCGGAUACGUCAAUGGCAAGUGCGGAUUUGAGUAUGAGCUUAGAAGCAUGCGCACAAGCAUGUUUAAAUGAUUGUAACUGUACGGCUUACGCAAGCGCAAAUGAGCUGACGGGGAGCGGGUGCGUGAUGUGGCAUGGAGAUUUGAUAGACACGCGGACCUUUGCCAACACCGGUCAAGAUCUACAUGUAAGAGUUGAUGCUAUUGAAUUAGCUCAAUAUACACAAAAUUCAAAUCGUCCUUCGACAAAGAAGGUGAUAGUAAUUGUUGUUGUGUCUUUUGUCGCGUUGGUGUUACUCUUGACGUCGUUAGUUUAUUUAUGGAAAAUGGCUAGAAAAAGAAGGGAGAGAUCGAGGAGUUUAUCUUAUGAUUUAGGGGACACUCUAAAUCCAAAUGAAUUUGAUGAAAGUAGAACAAACUCAGAUUUACCUAUAUUCGACUUGUUGACCAUAGCAAAGGCAACUGAUGAUUUUUCACUUAAUAACAAGCUAGGAAAAGGUGGCUUCGGUGCAGUUUACAAGGGGAAGCUUACAAAUGGAGUGGAAAUAGCAGUUAAAAGGUUGGCUAAAAAUUCAGGGCAAGGAGUUGAAGAGUUCAAGAAUGAAGUUAAUUUAAUUGCAAAGCUUCAACAUAGAAACCUUGUCAAAAUUUUAGGUUACUGCGUUAAGAAUGAAGAGAAAAUGAUUGUGUAUGAAUACUUGCCAAACAAAAGCUUGGACACUUUCAUCUUUGAUGAUAGCAAGAGAGCUUUGCUCAAUUGGAAAAAACGUUUUGAAAUUCUACGUGGCAUUGCACGAGGGAUUCUAUACCUUCAUCAAGAUUCGAGGUUGAAAAUCAUUCAUCGAGAUUUGAAGACAAGUAAUAUAUUAUUGGAUGUUGAUUUAAAUCCCAAAAUCGCAGAUUUUGGUAUGGCAAGAAUAUUUGGCCAAGAUCAAAAUCAAGCAAACACUAAUCGUAUCGUAGGAACAUAGUAAGUAAUUCA